UUUUGGCCGGUGUAUACUUGAAUUCGCAUAUAUGUAUAUAAUUUGCGAUAAUUUGGUCAGGGAGAAGGAUGACGAUGAGAGAUUUGCGUCGUUGCUAAAAGCUGCUUUUCACAUUCUGCUCUCUUCACUGGCGCACUGACUGCCUAUAAUCACAUAAUUCGUUUGUAUUUUUGCCUGCGGAGGUUUUCGAAAAUGGAAUCUGCAGCGGCCGAAAUUGCAACACCAGUUGUGAAAGGUGGUGACAAGCGCAAGAAAAAUCUGAAGGACCGGAAGGACGAGGACGAGCAAAGAAUCCAUCGAAAGCUGGAGGCUCUCGAAAAGGGAGAAGGAACGGACUGUGUCUUCCUUGUGGGAAGCGAUGAAAAUACAGCGCAGACUUUCCAUGCCUUGAAAAUUGAUUUGUUUGCUGGUAGCGAGUACUUCAGAAGGCUUCUUGAGAGCCCUCUGACUCCUACUGAAGGACCUAUUAGGUUGAAACUCACUGAGCCUCACUUUUUUAAAAUGGUCAUGGAGCAUGUGCACGUAUAUCGCCUUCAAACCAAGGUGGUCAACUUGGAUGAUGCUGUUGGUUUAGCCCUGGUUGCUGACGAAUUCAUGAUUGAGGAGUUGGGUGUGCAAAGCGCUGUCUUUGUUUUCAAGUUUCUCAGUCCACGCACUGUGUGGGAAUUGUUUGAGAAAUUCGCAAUAAAUAAAUACAUUGUAUCUGCCUGCAAAAAGUUUUUGUGCCUGAGGACACGUGAAUGCUUUUAUGCCGACCAAUUCCUUGAAAUUCAACUGGAAACUUUGGUAUCGUUCCUAGCCAUUGAAGAACAAAUGAGUAUCAAGUCGGAGGACGAGUUGGUAAAUGCCUGUGUUAAACUAGCUCUUUCAAAGAAUGGAGAAAUCGAAACCAGAUCCAUUAUUCGAGCUGUCAUUCCGCACUUACGACUGCAGACCUUGGAUGAAGAUGAUCUGGUGCCUCUUUCACAGUGGCUGACACUUGAAGAAAAGAUUUUCCUUACCUUAAAAAAGCACAAACUGCCUCUACUCUUUGAAACAAAGCCCUCGAAGCCUCCCACAAUUUGCUCCAUCAAGGUACCUCGGACGUCAAUGAAGACCCUAACCUUAAUCCCUGAGAGCGUCUUGCUUAGCAACAGUGCCAAAGAUUGUCUUAGGAGUGGCAAGUUUAGACAAAUCAAGGCGGGUGAAAAAUUCAUUCUGUCCUUCGAAGCCAAGCAGACGGUAAUCAUCCAUGGCUUUGAUGUCAUCACACCUCUGUUCCACUUUUCAAAAGAAAGAUGGGAAGCAGAUACAUCUUGUAUUGGAAAUGAGAAAACACCAUACAAUGACAUUUCAUGGAGAGCUAAAAUCGCAGUAUCUAACAAGGAGAUGGACUUUGAAGAAACGUUUGAAAAUCUUGGACGCGAAUACGCAUACGAAGGCAAAUUUUUCACUAACUCGUGGAUGCAUUUUGACUACCCUGUUAUCGUAGUGAAAGGAUCAACGUUCUCUUUGUCAAUUUUGCCAACGGAGAGGGAGGGUAUCUGCCUUAGGGAAGUCCUGGGCAAUUUUGUAUUCAAUGAAAUUCUAGAAUGGAAUGACUCAACCAUCGUAGAACCUUUUCAAAAUUUUCACAUUUGCCAGCUGAGGAAAGUUUACCAACCUGAUCAUGCACGUAUUAAUAAUAGUAGCAUGCAUGAGGUUGAACUUAGUGACAUUGAAAAUAUGCAGGAAGAACCAAGUGCAAAUCCAAUUUGCAUUGUCAAGGACAUAUUUUACCAUGUGGUGUAGUCCAACUCAAUCUCGGCAGUAAAUUGAAAUAGUAUGUCAAUAUUGUCAAUAUAUGCCUACAAAAAUUAACCUUUAUUGUUAUAAUUGUUACUUUAAGACCUGCGCUACGUCUUUAGAUGAUUAAAAACUAUGCAACUAACUAUAAAGAAAUACCUCAGCUGGCUCUGUUUCUUUUGUUUUUGUUUGUCUUAGAAUAUUUUUGCUUUUGUUUAAAUUUGAUCACAACGGAUGUCUAGAAGCAUUAUUUUCUUUUAAUAAGAAGUUUGUGACAAAAAUUCUGAAUACACAAUUCUUGGCAAUCAUAACAUUUAUUUGUUAUAAAUAUACUAAUAAUAGUUGAUAAGUUUUUUGCAGCCUCUUACUCUCUUAUUAUAUUCUAACUAAAAUUACAGGAUUAUUAUAUGUUGUGAGCAUUAUCAUUUAUAGACACAGAAUAUAAUAUAAAUAUGAUAUAUAGUUGAAUUAGUGAAAGAUAUUUUGUUUACACAGAUGCAUAACGCACAAAGAAAGUGGUGAGCGGCGGGUGAGAAAUAAGGGAGGCUGAAUGAAAGACAAGU